UGUUUCUACUUCCUCUUUUCACAGACAAUGUCAAGUAACGGGUUGGAUCACAAGUGUGUGGGUAUGUGAAAAUGCCAAACCUAACGCUGUCUCCUUACUUUAACCUCACCAUGUUCAUGAACAUCGGCCCAUACCGCUACCUGGCUUUGGCCUCAUGCCUCCUCCUCUACCUCUUCAUCGUGUGCGCCAACUGGACCAUCUUGCUGACGAUCUUCCGCGAGAAGACCCUUCACGAGCCCAUGUACAUAUUCAUCGCCUGCUUGUCCUUCAAUGCCCUGUGCGGCUCCAUGGGCUUCUUCCCCCGUUUCCUGCAGGACCUGGCGUCCAACACGCACUUGAUCUCGCGCGCCGCCUGCUUCGCGCAGAUCUACCUCAUCUACACAUACGGCGGCAAUGAGAUGACCACACUGUGCGUCAUGGCCUACGACCGCUUCCUGGCCGUGUGCCACCCGUUGCACUACCACAGCAGGAUGACGGUGAAAAAGGCCCUGACCCUGGUCGGCCUGGCCUGGCUCUUACCUAUCUCCGUCAUCACCAUAGCCAUCUACCGGGCCACCACGCUGCCCCUGUGCGGCAACAAGAUCCAGAAGGUGUUCUGCACCAAUUGGAAUAUAGUCAAGCUGUCAUGUGUGCCCACCGAUCUCAACAAUGGUUUGAGCAUGUUUGUGACCAUCUGCACCAUUUUCCUCCCGUUGGUCUUCGUCCUCUACACGUACACGCGCAUCAUGAAUGCUGCCUGGAGAGGCUCGGCAAAAUUCAAGGGGAGAGUUUUCCAGACCUGUAUGCCGCACAUGAUCUCCUUUGUCAUUUAUUCCAUCGCUCUAUUUUGUGAUCUCGCCCUGAGCAGGUACAAUGCGGAGGAGAUGAACCCCUUUCUGGCCAUAAUUUUAUCUCUGGAGUUUGUGAUUAUUCCACCAAUCCUCAACCCUCUGGUAUACGGUAUGAAGCUGCCGGAUAUACGCAGACACAUCUUAAAGAUCCUGUGAGAUCGUGAUAGCCAGUGGUGUGGUUAGGGCAAAUUUAGGGGCGUGGCAGCAGCCCUAAAAUAACCUUAAGCCCUAUAAAUAAGAACUCAAUGAAGAGUUGAACGCACUAGCUAUUUGCCAGUGUCAGUAGCUUUUCAGUUGUGAAGCUACGAUAGUG